AUAUUGUGAAACUCAUAACCAUGCACAGUCCACCCUAGCUGCACCAUAUCCAGUGUGCCUUUAUAAACCAGGAAGAAGUAGUGCACUCUGAUGCAUAUUCAUUAUAAACUAAAGUAAAAACUUGUUAUUGUUUUUUAUCACCUGGACCAGUAAAGCAGUUUUUGAAAACCAUCACAGAUUUUAAGGGCCUGUUUCCCAGUAAGAGGACAAUAAUAUGACACCUGACUUCCCCAUUCAGGUGCCAAAAUGGUGAACUGCUGUGGAUUGGUAACUGUCAAGAAUAAACCAGUGCCUCUGAAGAGUAUUGCUGUGGAGGUGAGUGUCCAGGGGCAUGUGGCCACUGUGAGCUCCACUCUGCAGUAUGAGAACCAGGAGGAGAGCCCUCUGGAGGCCAUCUUUGUUUUCCCUCUGCCAGGAGAGGCUGCUGUCUGCAGGUUCAGCGCCAAGAUAGGACAGUCUGAGGUGGUGGCUGAGGUUCAGGAGAAACAGAAGGCGCGGGAGCAGUAUGAUGAUUCGUUGAGCUUGGGCCAGCAGGCCUUCCUAUUGGAGGAGAGUGAUGAGAGCCCGGAUGUGUUCAAGCUGAGUGUAGGUAGUCUGCCUCCAGGGGAGAAGGCCUCUGUCAGCCUGGACUAUGUGACAGAGCUGGCUGUACAGGCUGACGAUGGCCUGAGGCUCUGCCUUCCCGCCGUGCUCAACCCCCGCUAUCAACCCCAGGGGUCAGACAUUGUUAGUGGUGGCAGUGCCCUGGUGUCCUCGGUGCCCGCUGGUUCUGUGCCCUACAGUCUGUCCCUCAGUGCCCGAGUGUCGUCCCCUCAUCCCAUCUCUAGAGUAGAGUCCAACUGUCCCCUGGACCCGCUCAACUACCUCAACACAGAGAAAACUCAAGCCACGGUCAGUCUGGCUGCAGGUCAUCAGUUUGACCGGGACGUUGAGCUGUUGUUGUAUUACCAAGACACCCAUCAGCCUACUGCUAUAGUAGAGGCAGCACAGACUUCUGCCAAGCCAGGCUCUCUGAUGGGCGACCCAAUGGUUAUGCUGAGCAUGUACCCAGAGUUCCCCAAGGAUGUGAUGUCAUUGAUGACCUCACACGGGGAGUUCCUGUUUGUUGUGGAUUGCUCUGGCAGCAUGUCAUGCCCCAUGCACAAUGGGUCUGGGGCUCAGGACCGCAUUGGCAGUGCCAGGGAUACUCUGCUGCUCUUGCUGAAAAGCCUGCCAAUGGGCUGCUACUUCAACAUCAUCGGUUUUGGGUCCAGAUAUGAGUCCUUCUUUCCUAAGAGUGUGGAGUACAGCCAGAAGACUAUGGAUGAGGCUCUGCAGAAGGUGAAGGCAAUGAGGGCUGACCAGGGAGGUACAGAGAUCCUCCAGCCUUUAAAACAUAUCUACAGCCAGCCCUGCCUCCCUGACCAGCCCAGACAGCUCUUCUUGUUCACUGACGGUGAGGUGAGGAACACCAAGAAAGUCCUGGAUCUGGUGAAGGCAAAUGCCGGUUCUCACAGGUGCUUCUCCUUUGGGAUCGGGGAGGGGGCCAGCUCUGCUCUCAUCUCUGGGGUGGCCAAGCAGGGUGGAGGGCACGCACAGUUUAUCACAGGACAGGACAGGAUGCAGCCCAAAGUGAUGCAGUCCCUCCGGUUUGCCCUGCAGCCGGCUGUGGUGGACAUCUCAGUCAAGUGGAAUGUCCCAAAGGGAGUGUCUGUCACCCCUCUGUCUCCACCAAUCAGAAUGCUCUUCCAGGGUCAAAGGGCACUGCUGUAUGCCCAGAUCACUGGGGAGAGCUCAGGGGACACAGAGGGCUCAGUGACAGUGAAGUACAGCCUGGCUGAGCAGCCUGUUGAGAACCAGCUGAGCUUCAGUCUCAAGCCUGCAGAGGACACUGGACUGACCGUCCACAGGCUGGGGGCUCGAACCCUGAUCCGCUGCAUGGAGAUGGAAGAGAGACAGGGGGGUGGAGAGAAGAAGGGAGUGAAAGAGAAGGUGGUUGAGCUCAGUGUCCAGUCAGGAGUGAGCAGUGCCUUUACUGCCUUCAUCGCUGUCCACAAAGUAGAUGGAAAGGCUGUGCAAGGACCGAUGCUACGCAGACAAGUCCCCACGCCAAUGUUGUGUCAGAGCUCCAUGACCAUGCUGGGUAGCACGGCUAUGCCCUGGUCUAUGCUCUGUUCUAAGCCCAAGAUGAUGGGUAUGCACAGGAGGAUGGACAGGGGUCGAAAGGGAGCUUUACUGGCAAAAGUUCCAUCAGACUCUGGUGAUGAUGUAUCAGACUCCGACAUACAAUAUGGAGGUAAUUAUAAAGGCUUUGACUGUCCAGCCCCAGCCUCUAAUCCUGCAAUGGACCCUCUCCUCCAGCUGAUCUCCCUCCAGAAGGCCUCUGGUUCCUGGGUCCUGGAGGCAGCGUUGGCUGAGGUGCUGGGGAAGACUGAGGAGGAGUUGGCCAAGCCAAAGCCUGCACCGGUGGACCAGGAAGUGUGGGCCACGGUUCUAGCCCUGGUAUGGCUCUAUGGGUUCAAGAUGGAGGCUCAGGAGGAGUGGCAGUUUCUGGCCAUGAAGGCAGUAUCAUGGAUCCAGGCUCAGAAAGUGGCCAGUGUGUCCGAGUGUGUCCAGGCUGGAAACACCCUUCUGGGUUGCCAGGUGCAGAAAGAAACCCUGGGACUCUGAGACGUUCACCCUGCUUGUCCUCUCUCUGUCCCCCACACUCCUGCUACUCUACCUGGGGUCAGAUAUACACGCAACCCCACCUGCUCCUGGUGCCCUCCUCAAAACAACAUGGUGGAACUAGUUACUGUACCGGUCUGAACAAGCCUAAUUAUCAACCUCUUACCUAUAUUAGCCUACUGUCAUUUAAUGUAGGGGCACUUAUGUAUCUCAAUGUAUUGGUUGUUAUUAACAUAUCAACAUGAAUCUAUGUAUUACAUAUACAGCUAUACUUGUUAGACUUUGCUUUGGUUAUCAUUUCCAUAUAGGCUACUGGAAACAAUGUGUUAACAGUACUUGUCAUCACUAACCAAAAUGCUUGGUAAAAUAGAAAGCUAGAUGAGUGCCUUUCCUAGUGCCUUUACAGUGUGAUCAUGUAACACUGUCUAUAUUCAUGUAUUUGCUCAUAUUUUACCACUGUACUUUAAAAUCAUAUGAUAAAAUCAAUUAUAAUCUA